AUGGCUCCAACGGGUGACAAUGUUGUUGUGUCCAAUAUGGAAUUGGAAAGAUUGCUUAGCAUGAAAGGAGGCAAAGGAGAGGCCAGCUAUGCCAACAAUUCCCAAGCACAGGCCAUACAUGCUAAGUCCAUGCUUCACCUUCUGAAAGAAACCCUAGACAGAGUUCAACUUCAUGCAACUGAGAUCCCAUUUGUGGUUGCGGACUUGGGGUGUUCAUGUGGCAGCAACACUAUCAAUGUGGUGGAUGUUAUCAUCAAACAUAUCAUCAAACGCUAUGAGGCUUUAGGGUGUGAGCCACCAGAGUUCUCUGCUUUCUUCUCAGACCUUCCUAGCAAUGAUUUCAACACCCUCUUUCAACUUCUUCCUCCACUUGCCAACUAUGGUGUUAGCAUGGAAGAAUGCCUCUCCGCCAACAACCACCGCUCCUACUUUGCCGCCGGAGUUCCAGGUUCUUUCUAUCGGAGGCUUUUCCCGGCGAGAUCCAUUGAUGUUUUCCACUCAGCCUUUUCUUUACAUUGGUUAUCUCAGGUCCCAGAAUCAGUGGUGGACAAGAGUUCAAGUGCAUACAACAAAGGGAGGGUGUUUAUCCAUGGUGCUGAUGAGAACACAGCAAAUGCUUACAAGAAACAAUUCCAAUCAGACUUGGCAUGCUUCCUGAGUGCAAGGUCAGUGGAGAUGAAGAGAGAAGGGUCAAUGUUCUUAGUUUGCUUGGGAAGAACUUCAGUGGACCCCACAGACCAGGGUGGGGCUGGCCUUCUUUUUGGGACCCACUUUCAGGAUGCUUGGGAUGAUCUUGUCCAAGAGGGAUUAAUUAGCCACGAAAAACGAGACAGUUUUAACAUUCCAGUUUAUGCACCAAGCUUGCAAGACUUCAAGGAGGUGGUUGAAGCUGAUGGUUCAUUUACCAUAGACAAACUUGAGGUAUUCAAAGGAGGAAGUCCACUUGUUGUGAACAAACCAGAUGAUGCGAGUGAAGUAGGCAGGGCUCUAGCCAAUAGCUGCAGGACUGUGUCUGGAGUCCUUGUUGAUGCUCACAUUGGUGACAAGCUCAGUGAGGAACUGUUUCUUAGAGUGGAGCACCGAGCUGCAAAUCAUGCUAAAGAACUAUUAGAGCAACUACAGUUCUUUCACAUUGUUGCAUCCCUUUCAAGAAAAGGGCCACUUGAAGAUAAGACGACAAAGAAAAGGGCUUCUCCUCACAACUUUCCUUUGUGUGUGAUAAGUGCAUAG